CCCUGGUCAUAGAUACAUAAAACUGCAGUUAAGUACAUUUGGUUUUGAAGGCUUAAUUUAGUCUCUAAGUAAUGAUUGUGUCAUCAGCUAGAACUCCAACCAGUGCAUGUUACAUCCAGCAUACAGACCCAAGACAUACAGCCAUUCUUUUUGUUCCAUUAGAUAAGGCAAAGUCUCCAGGUGUGGAUCCCAAGCAGUUGGCGGCAGAGCUGCAGAAAGUCUCACUCCAGCAGUCCCCACUGGUCAUGUCGUCAGUCGUGGAGAAAGGCUCUCAUGCUCACUCAGGUCCCACAUCGGCAGGAUCCAGUUCUGUUCCCAGCCCCGGGCAGCCAGGGUCGCCUUCAGUAAGCAAAAAGAAGCACAGCAGUACCAAGCCUACUGAUGCGACCAAGACUGCCUCUCACCCAAUUACAGGAGAGAUUCAGCUUCAAAUCAACUACGAUCUUGGAAAUCUUAUAAUACAUAUCCUUCAAGCAAGAAACCUAGUCCCCAGAGACAACAAUGGCUACUCUGACCCAUUUGUUAAGGUGUACCUACUUCCAGGGAGAGGUCAAGUCAUGGUUGUCCAGAAUGCAAGUGCUGAGUACAAGAGAAGGACGAAAUAUGUCCAGAAAAGUCUUAAUCCUGAGUGGAAUCAAACAGUAAUUUAUAAAAGUAUUUCCAUGGAGCAGCUCAUGAAGAAGACCUUGGAGGUGACAGUUUGGGAUUAUGAUAGAUUCUCUUCCAACGACUUCCUUGGAGAGGUAUUGAUUGAUUUAUCUAGCACAUCUCAUCUGGACAACACUCCUCGGUGGUAUCCUCUGAAAGAACAGACUGAGAGCAUUGACCAUGGCAAGUCUCACUCCAGUCAAAAUAGCCAGCAGUCCCCAAAGCCCUCUGUGAUCAAAAGCAGAAGCCACGGUAUCUUCCCUGACCCAUCCAAGGACAUGCAGGUUCCCACCAUUGAGAAGUCCCACAGUAGUCCUGGGAGCUCAAAAUCUUCAUCUGAAGGCCACCUCCGAUCUCACGGACCAUCUCGCAGUCAAAGCAAAACCAGUGUCGCCCAGACCCACCUGGAAGAUGCAGGGGCGGCCAUAGCCGCAGCUGAAGCCGCUGUGCAACAACUCCGCAUUCAACCAACAAAGCCCACCAACCACCGGCCUGCAGAGAGCUCCGUGUCAACCGGCUCCUCGGGCAGCAGCGUUGGCAGUGGGUAUAGCGUGGACAGCGAAGGAAGCAGCUGUGUGGCAGGGGAGCCCAAUCUACUUCCUAUCCCAAGGAUGUAAGUGGUACUUUUUAUAAAAACCAAAGUACAAUUUUAACAGCGUCGUGAGUAAUUCAUUCUUAACAUUUCACAGGAGAAAAACAAGGUAAUUACUCAAUUCUGAAUCACUGUCGCUGGAAGUCUGGACUGCUGGUGCCUACGUUAAGAGUCUGUUGCUCGGGGAUGACUGGUUUAUUUCAAUUAAUUCUAAAGAUGAAUGCAAAUUACUAGCGUGAUGGCUUCAUCUGCAUCGCCUGCAUUUAACAUAAGAUGCUGGUAGAAUAGUCAUGGAGAUAGGCAAGCCCGGAGUUCUGAGCACCACACUGAACAGCUGGUUCAUCACACAAUGAAUGACCAGACACCAGCUUCGCUAUUUGACGAUGACAUAGAUUGAUUUUCUUCAAAUCAGGAAAAUUUCCCAUUUGAAGAAUUCAUAUCAUCUUGGACACAAACGACAAAUUUGAACAUUCACUUAGACUUUUCUAC